GAAGGCUGAGCCCCCUUUGAAGGCUGAGCCCCCUUUGAAGGCUGAGCCCCCUUUGAAGGCUGAGCCCCCUUUGAAGGCUGAGCCCCCUUUGAAGGCUGAGUCCCCUUUGAAGGCUGAGUCCCCUUUGAAGGCUGAGCCCGCCUCAUGCAAUCCACCAUUACAGUUGGUGAGUUCGCCCUUUGUUGGGCACUUGCCGAAUGUUUUCGGGAACACGUCGGGUAUAAGCGUGGCUGUCAUGUUUAACACACGUGCGUCGAACGGAGAUGCGUGUGCAUGGAUGCCUUUCUCGCUUUCUGCGCGCACACUUAGUGGCAUACGGCUCGCCUCGGGUGUGAUGACAAUGCUCAAUCAGAUCAAUCAACUGGCGCUAACGGGGCGGAUAGCUGGUGGUGUUAUCGCACACUUAGAAGCUGUCGAGUGUCUCCUUAUAUGCGGAUUGAAGGACCUAGCUGCCAAGGUUCUGUGUCUCCUUACUCUCCCUCUUAUCGACCGACUAUCCAGUGGGAGUCUUAACUCUGACAGUACGGACAAUCGGACCUCUCAACCAACACGGCAGGAUACGCAAACCGAAAGCGUGGAACAGGAGGCACUACCCGUCCGAGCUGAGACAAUGCCCGCCCGGAUGCUUCCCGUCGGCCUUGUCACGCCAGACGUGCUCGGUACACUCCCCCAUAAUCGGGUCGUUCCAGUCCUUGCCGCCAAGCCGCCCGAUGCCUUCGCCUGGCCGUGGUGGACCGCUCGCGGAAGCGAGAUCCAACUCGGGUCUGGCUCCCGACAAGAUGUAGGAGGCCGACUGGAUUUGCGCUCUCAACAAAAUGUGGGCUGGAGCUCACAGGACGUCGGCUGCGAGCAAGGCAACUUGGGACUGCUACUGCAGCACCUUCAACAUGUGGGACAGAGCUCCGUCAUGGAAACUAUGCCACGUCCGUCCGCACGAGUCUGCGUCAAGGCCCUCGGGCUCCUUGUUCAAGCGCUGCGUCCAGGACCAGCGACGUUCGGACCAGGCCCGGUAGCAGGAGCAAGACCCCCCGCGAGUACUUCAUCAUCAAUGUGUAUGAACAUUUUCGGAUUCUCCAAGACGACGAUCCAGCUUUACAUCGAUAGCGUUUUUCGCCAGCACCUGGCAGCAGUCAGUCGGCGGCUGGACGCCAAGACGGGUGCGCCGUACGUGCAGCAAUUGGCCCGGCUCGUGGCCGACGACCAGGGCGCCGCGGGGGGGCCGAGGAAGGCCGCGGCUUCGCUAUCCAGUGACGCUCUGCAGCGUCCUUUCGGCACCGCCACGACCAUCAGACUCUUCGCACUCGUGCGCGACCAACUUUCGUUUCCGCGGCCGCUCGAAGCACAAGGCUUUGAUUGUCGCUGGCCAUACGCCGCUGCCUCUCGAGUCCGCGCCGACCUCGACCAAGCCCUGAAGGAAGUGAUGAGUCUCUACCCCCCGCCAUUACUUCGCGCCCCGACGCCGGCGCCAGGAGGUCAAGGACCGGGACCAACGUUGGCGCCAGCAGGCCGCGGACCGGGACUGACGCUGCUAAGUCGGGGACAGAGUCCUGACCCGGCAGGGGGCAUCCUCUUGUCGUCCAAGGCCCUGCGCGUGUCACCGGCUCCAGAGGCUUCCGCCGGUUUCGGAGAGGAAGUUAGGUACGUCCUGUCGCUCCGUUGGCCGGCCUCCGUCACGGAGUCGCUGACGACCAAGGUACGGGGGGCAGAGCUACAGGAGACGGUGAGUUGCGUGGCAAUAUUGGACGUGGAUUCCGGGAUUUUACUGCCGGUGGAAGUGCUCGAGGCGGAGGGCUGCAGAGCUCGGGUUCGAGUCCCGCCGAAGACCCGGCGAGUGGGCGGUGUUCGCAUCUAUCUUAAUUCAGGUCUGAUGGUGGACUUUUUGCGGUUUCUAUUGGACGACCCGGCAGCUGCCUUAGAGGUAGAUGACGUCACAGGUAUCGAACCGGUAGUUUUAAACACCCACUUCGCAAGACCCAUAUGUCGACUCACUCUCGCACCGGUUCCAGCGCCGAUCUCCGGCGAGCUGCGAUGGAUCGAGCGUCAGUGCUGCGUCCUUCGCGCACAUCCCCUUACCUACGGCCGACGACCGCUUUUGGAACUGAACCUCCACGUCCCAUCUGAACGCCGGCGCGCCUUCCUAGGCGGAAUUGCCAGCAGCGACUUCAACUGGAUCCUCGGCUGCUACCUCGAAAAUGAUGACGACACCAAGUUCAACCCCGUCCUCUUCUCCGCCGCACGUCACCCGACCACCACUGGUCCACGUAAUGACGCCCGUGGCCCUAAUGACGCCCGUGGCCCUAAUGACGCCCGUGGCCCUAAUGACGCCCGUGGUCAUGGGCAAUUCGCCGGUCGCGAGCCGUUGGAUUACCCGUUGGAUUACCCAGAGUUGUGCUGGACCCGCAGCAUACCCGAACUCAAGAGCCUAUUGCUGGACGAGUGCCGACGAUUAUCCCCGCAGAACGGGACUUUGCAGCUGCUCCUGGCGUUGGACGACGAGUUGUCGUACCUGGAAGAGACGAAGCUGGUGGCGGUCUUGCAGGCGCCGCCUGAGUGUGUGCGAUGCGAGUUGGCUGCGCCGUUGGUGAAUGCCACGCCCUUCGACUGGUCGCUAUCGCGAGUUCCCUUCGCCGCCAGCGACCCGAAGCCGAAGAUCCUCUUUGCUCUCAAGGCGGGGAUUGACAAGCCCGGGAUCGAGACUCGGCCGUCCAGGGCCGAGACUGGGCCCAGGACCGAGUCGCGGUCAAGGGAGGCCGACACGGGGCCCAGGACCGAGCCUGGGCCAGAUGGAAGAGAUGGAGGUUACGCAAAAAUUGAGGCGGCGCGGUUUCUGUCGUUUGCGGUACCAACUGGGUUUCUGACGGAGGACGAGCCGUGGGUGGGAAGCGCGGCUGGACGGGCGGGCGUAGCUUUGUGGAAUUCGCCGAGUAAGUUCGAGGUCGUGGCGGUCGGCGGUGACGUGUGCGAUCUAGCGCACACACGUGUGUAUGCGACGUCGCCUGCGUUGGCGACAUUGGAGACCACGGCGGAUUCGGUUGCCUUAGAUCUAGAGCAAUACUUCGAGGCGACUACGACCCUGGGGUCAAGUAACAUCUACUUUCAAAAAGUGAACAUGCUUAUACUCAAUUUGCUCAGUCGGGGUCUAGACAUCCCCGACACCGUCCAGGCUGUCUUCGGCACCACGGAACGUGAAAGCAUGCCGCCCCUCCUGCUCCAGGUAACUGUCCGGACCGCGCUGCAACGCCACACGCUCUUGGUCCACGUAGGCUGGCCCCUCGUGCUCUCCGUACUCACGUCUUGGUGCGACCACGCCGCCAUCACCGAGGCCCUUGCCAAAACCCCUCUUUCCGUACCGGCCGCUGGCAUGUCGUUUCCCGCUAUGAGCAUAUCCCCUCCGGGCGAGAGCUUUGACGGCGCGGGAGCUUUGAUGGGCACGUUGGUUCGGCCGAUUGCGUGCCGCAAUCUGCCGUUUACGAAGAAGCCUUUUUGCGCUUACCUGCUCGGACUCCGGACGCCGUCCGCGGUCGAAGUGCCGGGACGGGCGUGGUCGGUGGGUGGACGAAGCGGCUCGGGGCGGCUGGCACCCGGUGUGGCCGAGUGCGCAGUAGAAGACCCGCUGGAAGUGACCUACGUGAUAACAAAUCGGAGCCCGAAGAUGCUGCUGCUCCGCUACCACUUCCACGACUCAGAUAAGGGCCCACGCGGCUACUUGGUCGAGGGCAGCGUCGAGGACACGCUGCUGCUCUCCCCCUCCACCUACCAGCUCUUGAAACUGCGCUAUCUCUUCGCCCAGAACGGACCUCACACCCUACCCGAACUGGUCGUCACUUGCUCAGAGCCCGUCCCCCUCUGGCCCCAGCUCGCUGCCCUUUUGAAGACCACGCCCAAGUCGUGGCCGACCAUCACCAAAUCCUCGUCCAAAAGCCUGACCAUAGAGGUCUUCUGA